AAAAUUCACCGCCAACCCUUUUCAUGUAUCGAUGACGACUAUAUACCUUCACACCCAAAACCAGCCUGACCGAACAGAUUAAGCAGCCAUAGCUAGAAUGAAAGGAGGAGGUCUAGUCUACGCAGUGGGUGUUGGGUCUGUUCUUGCACUCUUAACCUGCGCACUGGCCCUCCACGAAAGCCCCCAAGAUGACGUAAAAAUCCUCCAAGUUACAGAAAAUUACCACGCCAACCACCACCUCCUCGGCACGGCGGCGGAGCUCCGGUUCAAGAAAGAGUACCCUACACGGGCGGAGUACCUGCACCGCCUCGGGAUCUUCGCCAAAAACUUAAUCAGGGCCGCUGAGCACCAGGCCAUAGACCCCACCGCCGUCCAUGGUGUUACCCAGUUCUCCGAUCUUUCGGAGGAGGAGUUUGAGGGAAUGUACAUGGGGGUGAAAGGCGGUGGCGGCGCGGCGCCGUGGGAGAAUGGAGUGGCCGCGGCGGAGGAGUUGGACGUGGGGAGUUUGCCGGAGAGCUUUGAUUGGAGGGAGGAGGGUGCUGUUACUGAUGUCAAGAUGCAGGGCACGUGCGGGUCUUGCUGGGCAUUUAGCACCACCGGAGCGAUUGAAGGAGCGAACUUCAUUGCGACUGGGAAGCUCUUGAAUCUUAGCGAGCAACAGCUUGUCGACUGUGAUCAUGCGUGUGAUGCAAAGGAGAGGAGAGCUUGCGAUGAUGGAUGCAUGGGGGGGUUGAUGACGAAUGCAUACAAGUACCUGAUCGAGGCUGGAGGAAUAGAGGAAGAGGAGUCGUAUCCUUAUACCGGAAAACGAGGUGAAUGUAAAUUUAGACCUGAAAAGGUGGCUGUCAGAGUUGCCAACUUUACGACCAUCCCCAUAAACGAGAAUCAGAUCGCUGCCCAUUUAGUCCGUCAUGGUCCUCUUGCAGUCGGGCUCAACGCUGUGUUCAUGCAAACAUACAUUGGUGGCGUCUCAUGCCCGCUAAUUUGUGGCAAGCGGUGGGUCAACCAUGGCGUUCUUCUUGUGGGCUACGGCUCUAGAGGCUACUCCAUCCUGCGAUUGGGGUACAAGCCGUACUGGAUCAUCAAGAACUCGUGGGGCAAGCGAUGGGGGGAACAUGGAUACUACCGUUUGUGCAGAGGGCACGGUAUGUGCGGCAUGAACACGAUGGUUUCCGCUGUGAUGACGCAGACCUCCUAGUAAUAUUACAUCUACAUAAGAAAGUAGGAUCUGUUUAUCGCGUCAUGUUAUGAAAUAAUGUAAGCUUAGACACAUUCGAAAAGCUCUUUUUUCUUUUCUUAUGGUGUAAUAGAUACUUUAAACCUCCCUCGUAUUAUUACGUGGGAUGGUAAUAGCCUUAAUGUAAUUAGUGCAACUUUUUAACAGAUGGAAUCGAGAAUGAAGUUAGGAGGAGAA